GACGUAUUUAUUUUAACUAAGCAAAAUGUUUAUUUAAAGAGUUUGCUUCGUUUCGUCAUGAUACCUCAGUUUAUUGAGCCAGAUGUAAGAUUACAAAUAAUAUGCAUGAGUUUAACGCUGAUGUAGAUAGCCAACUAACGUUAACUAGAUAAACACAUUUUGUAUAACUAAAUCUAAACGGUUUCCCUUUUUAUCUGUGGCUAAAACCUGCCUGAGUGCACUGGGUUUUUAGCUGCUUUCUAGAAAGCACUAUGUACUCAUGUUAACAGGAAUUUUCCCCCUGCAUUGAUCUGCGUCUUCUGUGGAUUGUAUAUGGCGGUUGGCAACCAUCUGGAUUGGAGUGUUGGCUCUGCGCUGCUUCGCUAUUGGUAGAACUAGAGCGAAUAUUAACAAAGGAGGCGGUAGUCUACUUGACUGCCGUACGGCGGGAAGUUGAUUAUCCCCGGCAAUGUUAAAAUCCUGUAGCUAUAGUCAUUGCUUCCAGCAUACCGCUAGUGCUGUUCGAGUUAGGUUAUAGAUUUCCGGCACUAAAAUUUGUCUUCAGAUGUAACUAAUUGAUCAAGAUGACUUUCCGCAGUUGUCUGAGUGUUGCAGUCAUCUGGUUCCUGUCUUUCAGCCAGUCGAACUCAGUGUCACACUCAGGUAUACGUUAUCUUAGUGUAACCAGAGGGUCCGUCACUAUACCAAUAACUGAUGGCCAGUGUCCUGAGUCGGACUUCAGAUUAGAAACCCAGAGAAAAGGCCCAGUGGUCACGUAUGAGAACAACGUGAUCACCGAGGGGCCAAAUUAUGUGGGCAGGAUCCAUCUGAUGAACGACUCCAACGGCUGUACUGUUGUAAUUCACAAUGUAACCGAAGAAGAUACAAAGACUGUUUAUUAUACAGACGGUGGUCUUCCAGGUCAACUGAGAAUUGUACUUAAAAUGACAAACAUUACUGAGAGUUCAACCACUACAGCAGCCCCACAACCAUCUACACCCACACGAGAAAGCACUGAGAGUUCAACCACCACAGCAGCCCCACAACAAUCUUCAACCACAACAGGUCUACAUGUGGAACAGCUUGCUGGGCUGGUACCAGUAGGGGUAGUAGUAGUAGUAGUACUACGUAGUAGUAGUAGUACUACUAGUAGUAGUAGUAGUAUGCAUCAGGAAACACAAAAAGUUGAAUGAAGAUCCUCCCUUGGCCGAGCUCCAAGUUCUAAAUCAAAACACAUCAAUGGACACAGCAGAACAAUGAAAAUGAUGUCUCUGUUACUAAGGCUGGCUAGACACUGAUUUUGCCCUGUCUGCGGGCUUGCCAUGAGCAUUUCUAAUCAAUCAAACUCAGGGGCAUGUUUUUUUGCUGUCUGCUCCGGUGGAAUCUUUUUGAAAGGGCUUUCUAAAUGCAAUGUCCCAUUCACUUCCAUUGAGCGUUAGCUAGUGGUGGCUUAAGUUAUGUGACGUUUUGUAGUGGCUGUUUAAAGGGAACUGAACCAUGCAUUACUGUUUCUCCUGGCCCAAAGACUACUGGCAGAGUGAGGAGCCUAACAAUAAGUUGUGUAAAAUCCUAAAGGAUCCCUUUAAACCCUCAGCCUUACUGUACAACUACUGUAAUUGUAUUUUCUUCAACCUUUCUAACGGUUGAUCAUUGUCAGCAUUAUGAUUACACCUCUUAUGAUAAUGGGAUUGGCAAGUUAAAAUAUUUUGUAUAAUGAAAUACGGACCUAUAUCAUUUUGCACCUGAUUUGUUCCAGUGACCCGUUUCAGGACAGUGUUUUAAGCUAUAUUUUGUAUAACCUCCCAAAUGAGUUUUUAAACAACUAGACAAUCCUCACCUUCCUCUAUCUCAGGGUCAGUAGCCUACUUUGUAGAAAGUAAGUUAAGAGGGGUUCAAUUAUGAAACUGUUACUCACCCCUGGUAAUAUCCCACACUCAUUGAUCUUCAAAAAGACUACCAGCUGAAAAACGUUUUGAUAUACACAGUACAAAUAAUUUAUUUAUGAUCAAAGGUUUUAAUGUCAGCAUAGAUCAACACUUUUUCUUCUGAAUCUCAUUUGAAAGUUAGCAAAUUGCACACAUACUGCCUUUUUAAAAUGCUCUUGAGACAACUUUAGGUAGUUCAGUUUUAUCUAAUUUAUAUAGAUGCUCUUUUGCAGAAUGUAGCUGUGAAGUGGCCCCUCUUGCUAUUCAGACUGGUCGAUAUCCAAACACUCCCUUAGAUAGAUGCGUUUUCUUUUUGUAACGAUGGUUCCACUCAAACAGAAGCUCAUGCCUUGUUUUACUGUGGGUUAUACAAGGACAUUGGGGAUGACUUCUCUUGCCAACUGUCCAGCUAUAAUGAAAUGCUAAAUUUGAUCGGGUAACAAUAAUGUAAAUGUAUUUUCAAAGCUUUCUGCAUUAUCCUCCAUCUGAGACCUUUAGAAGUGCCUGAAUUCUCUUAUCUACUGUACUUUGUUUUUGUUUCUGCAAAUGUGUAUAGAUGUAUGAGAACUGAUAGCAAUACUAUUUAGAUGAUUUAAUAUACACUGCUCAAAAAAAUAAAGGGAACACUUAAACAACA